GGGUAUAAGGAUAGUGAGUCGUUUGAAAAUCUCGACAUUCUACGCGCAGAUUUUGUAGUGUACGGAAGGAUUGAAAGUGCGGGCGCUUGAAACAAUUUAUUUAACGAUACAAGUGCACUUGCAUACUGGUUGUGCAUAUAGGCUAGAAAAAAAUCAAAACAAAUCAAACAAAUGGGCUUAACAUACAAAGCAUUGAAAUACAGAGAUAUCAAAAAAAAUGUGACCAAUGCAAAGGCGGGUGGAAUGACUGUCGAUGUCGAAACCGAAGAGACAAUAGCACAACAACAAGCAACUACAUUGUCAAUAGAAGCGAGCACAGUACAAGUGAAUACAACAACAACAUUGCCGGAAAAUCAACAACAAUACACUGCUGAUCACAUAAUGAAAUUGUGCUUAUUUUUGGCAGAAAAGUCCAGGGCUAAGCAACUUCAACAAAGCCAACAAAUGAACGCCCGCCGAUUUUAUGAAAACUUUCUCCAAGAAACAACUGAGGGUGCCGAGGAGGAACAAAUCCUUUGCAACAGUGAUGCCGAUACUUUCCAAAACCAUUUAGAAAAUUUUGAAAACAAAUUAAGAUCAUCAAAAACCAAAUUACACAUAUCAACCGCCCAACAAACGAGUCCGCGUACCAUAAGACGAACCAAAAUAAAAUUGGAAAAACACAUUAAACACUCUGUGUUAACAGAUAAAUUUUCAACCUCUAGUACUUCAAAUUUUCUUAACUAUAGCACACUUCCGGAUGUAUGCGAGAAACCAUAUGAAGACACACCAAACUAUUACCAGCAGCAGCAACACCAACAAGAUAAACGUGAUAUUCUAUUAAAAAUACGACAGCAAAUUUUUGAACGUAAACGUUUGAGACAAGUGCUGAGUGGUGGUCAGCGACCGAAUGCACAAUAUCCGCUCGGAACGCAACAGCAUCAUCAACAACAACCACAACAACAACAGCUUGAAAAUGGCUACAACAACGCACAGUUGCAACAGCAAGUUGAGCUUCAACGUUUGGCGGAUGUUUGGCGUCCUUGGUGAGACGCAAUCGUGUGUGUGUCAACAGUAUUUUUCGUUUCGUUAAAAUAGAGUUUUGCAUUUCGAAAUAGACGGUAACUGCUUUAAUAGGAAAUAUAUGAAUAAAAUUUGGGGUUCGGGCAGGAGAUCUUAUCCAAAGACUAAAUAUACGGUACAUAGGUAUACUAUGCUUAUUUUAUACGCUUACAGUUAAGUUUAUACUAAAAUUCAGCUAUAAGUGUGUGUUAACUAACUGCUUCCAAUAUUGUGUAUUACAAAUGUAUAUUGACUAAGAUAUUAUAAAUGUUUAUUGAAUAAAAUACCAAAGACUUUACUUAUACAACAAAUAAAA